UGUUGUUAUCGUGAAAUAAUAUUUUUCUAUUAUAAAAUUUUAAAAUUAAGAUAUACAACAGUUCAUAAAUAAAUAUUAGUUAAGCAAAAAUUUUGCAUAAUAAAAUUUUUAAAAUAUUUUUAAUAUGUGAGUGUGUUUAAUGAUAAACUUUUCAUAUAUAAAUAAUUUGAUGUUUGAUUUAUUCUUUUGAAAACAUAAAUAGCCACUUACCAUACUGAUUUGAUUUAAACUAAUAAGUCAUAUUUAAAAGAUUAUGUCCGCACACGCAGACAAAACACUUAAUUUUAUAUAUUAACCAAAGAACGGAUGUCACAUUUGUUUCAGAAAAAAGUCUUAUCCUAGUCAAACGAACGUACUUCUUUCAGUACUGGUUAUGUUUAAGUUCAUAAUUUAGAUCGGAUUUAAAGUACUUCCAAAUUAUUUUUUGAAUAAAAUUUUAAUAUUCUGAAAUAGAUCAAACUGAUUCCCUUAAAAAAAUGUAGAAAAUAUUUUGAUUUCAUUAGGUCGUAUGAAGAAAGCAUAACACUUUCAUUAGGGUAGAAGUGAAAGUGUUCCUUAAACUGUCGUAAAUUGUUAGUAAAUAUUUAAAUGCAAAUCUGAACGUUUUGAAUUGCGACAAUUUUGCUGGUUUCCAAAACCCAAAAAUAAAAUCCAAAAUUUUUCAUUUAAAUGGGUAUAUAUAUAUAUAUAUAUAUUAGAAUGUAAAGCAUAUUGCCGAAAAGGAGAAAAUAUAAAAAAUCACAUAUUAAAAACACCCAUAUAAGUAUAAAAUGUUGAACUAUAUAAAUCAUAUUAUUCGUAAAUGAUUAAUCAAACUAGUUUGGGUUAUAAAAAUAUUUUUAUUCCUACCGCCUCUUGUCAAAAUCUACAAUUUUUAAUCAUCUAGAUAAGAGAUAUUACAUUUACGCAAUGUAGAUGUGUAGGAAAUGUUAAGAGGAUAGUUUUUUUGUUUUGAUAAAUAUGUGAAUUUAUCAUUAGAAAUGAAGCUGAUUUGUACCCAAAAAAAGUUAUGUAGAUAAGCCGAUCGAUUGGUGCCAAAAAAGAUAAAAACAUUAAAGGACUUUCAUGUUGGGAUAUGAGAUCAGUAGAUCACCUACCACUACUAAAAAUUGCUUCUUCUUUUUUUUGACGUCGAAAGGCCCACUACUAAAAAAAAAAAAUUGCUAUAGCUGGCUGCCUAGCUCCUUUCAUAGUACACACGAUUAAACAUAUAGAAAAAUUUCAACUACAACCCCAAUAAAAAAUAUUUGUUUUCACGUCAAAAAACUCAUUUUGCAAGCGGUCAUCGAUCAGGAUUAGGGACGGACCUAGAGUUUUAUUUUUCAUGGGCACUUAGUGUAAUAUAUAUCUAGUUAAGGGACAUAUAAAUAAAAUUUGGACUAAUUGCUUAAGGAAAAUUAAAAAAGAAGGUGGGGCAUGUCCGCAUGGGUCACACCUUUGUUCAACCUACUUACGCCCCUGAUCAGCGAUUAAGUAGUUUUUUUUUUUGAGAAAGGAUUGAUUAGUUUUUUGGGUCAACAAGAAUUGUGUAACUUAUUUGCUUAUAUAAUUGUAUACGUAAUACGGAGGUGAUAUUAUUAUUAACCCAUAUGACCUGUUCAAAUUUCAUUCCCGUUAAUGCGUGGCCACUUUUUCUUAUUGCCAAAAGUAUCCAUGUUUCGUUAAUUAAUUACAUCAGAAAUUAUUAAGGAACUAUCAAGAAUAAUAACACACUUCCGUAAGUGUGGUAAGAUUUUUUUCCUAGCCUUGAUUCACAAAACGUUAUCUACCAGUCGAACAAUAUCAUUGGACUAUACCACUUCGUUUAUUUCUCUUUUUGAAAUAAUAUCUUUCUUUAGAUAGAAAAAGAAAAAGAAAUAAUUUCUUUACAAAAAAUAUUUACUUCUAUUAAUCAACCCAAUAAUCAAAAAUAUAAAUGUCGAUUACAAGCUUAAAUUGAAUAACACAAUACUAAUUCAAACAAUAUUAGCAUAAAAAGGAAUAUCAUUCUGCAUGUAUAUAAUAUGUUGGAAGAUAAUAUUUGGUUAGUUAUAAACAUUGACGUUCGUAAUAACUGCCAAAAAAUCAUUAUCUGCUCAUUGUAAAAAGUCAUAACGAUAUGCAAUAAUGAUGAAUGCAGCCUCAUCACCAAACUAUCGGUCUUUUUCAUAACGACCGAACAUUUUAUUUGAUUUUUAUAAUUGAAUUUUAAGGUAUGCGAUUAGAAGUGGUCGUUCACACGGUUGCGCUACAAGUCCCACAAAGCCUAUUCAUCUCAAUUCUUUUUUAUUUUAACUCACCACAAGUCUUAACCUUUGAAUUAGUCAAAAGUCUUCCCUGAGUUCUUAAUAAAUAAUUACGGCUUACACUUGUUUGACUUUCUUUUGUAUUCUUUGCGAAGAAAUAACAGCGCAUGUAUAUAUGUAUUUUGUUUUAUUUUAUUGCAACAUGUGUGUAUAUAUAUAGACAGAACAGGAACAAAAGCCAUAUCACUUUCUUUCUCAUUUUCCCCUAAUAGAGAUAAGACUUGUGAAACCCUAAAAGUUGAUAUACAUAUCAGAAACUUAAAGAGGUUUAGCUAGUGAAAGUAAUUAAUGGCAAUAAAAGAGAGAUCAUUAGAGGAGACACCAACAUGGGCUGUUGCUGUUGUUUGCUUCGUUAUUCUUUUCAUCUCCAUCUUGAUCGAAUAUUUCUUGCACUUUAUUGGUCAUUGGUUUAAGAAGAAGCAUAAGAAAGCUUUGUGUGAAGCUCUUGAAAAGGUUAAAGCAGAACUGAUGCUACUGGGAUUCAUAUCUCUUCUACUUGUUGUGUUACAAACACCAGUCUCCGAAAUUUGCAUCCCAAAUAGAGCUGCUGCGACUUGGCAUCCUUGUAGUAGGGCACAAGAGCUGGCUAAAUAUGGUCAAGAUUAUAUCGACGAUGGUCGCAAAAUUCUUGAAGACUAUGACUCCAACGACUUUUAUAGUCCUCGUCGAAGUUUAGCCACCAAGGGUUAUGACAAAUGCGCAGAAAAGGGGAAAGUAGCAUUAGUAUCCGCGUACGGUAUCCACCAGCUGCAUAUAUUCAUCUUUGUGCUCGCUGUUUUUCAUGUUCUCUACUGUAUUACAACCUAUGCUUUGGGGAAGACCAAGAUGAAGAAAUGGAAAUCAUGGGAGAAAGAGACCAAAACAAUUGAAUACCAAUAUGCCAAUGAUCCAGAGAGGUUCAGGUUUGCAAGAGACACAUCGUUUGGACGUAGACAUUUGAAUGUAUGGAGCAAGUCUUCUGUUACCCUCUGGAUGACUUGUUUCUUCAGACAGUUCUUUGGAUCAGUGACAAAGGUCGAUUAUCUUACACUAAGACAUGGGUUUAUCAUGGCACAUUUGCCAGCAGGAAGUGAAGCUCGUUUCGAUUUCCAAAAAUACAUUCAAAGAUCUUUGGAAGAAGAUUUCAAGGUUGUUGUCGGUAUAAGCCCACUGAUAUGGUGCAUCGCUGUCUUGUUCAUAUUGACUAAUACACAUGGAUGGGCUUCCUAUCUUUGGCUGCCUUUCAUCCCUUUGCUUGUGAUAUUAGUAGUAGGAGCAAAACUUCAAGUAAUAAUAUCAAAAUUAGGACUAAGGAUUCAAGAUAAAGGAGAUGUGGUUAAAGGAGCUCCGGUGGUUGAACCGGGUGAUGAUCUCUUUUGGUUUGGUCGUCCUCGUUUCAUUCUCUUCCUCAUUCACUUGGUUCUUUUCACGAAUGCAUUUCAACUUGCUUUCUUCGUUUGGAGCACUUACGAGUUCACACUUAAAAAUUGCUUCCACCACAAAACGGAAGAUAUUACAAUCAGGAUCGUCAUGGGGGUGUUAAUACAAGUUCUAUGCAGCUACAUCACUCUACCUCUCUAUGCUCUCGUGACUCAGAUGGGAACUUCAAUGAGGCCGACUAUUUUCAACGACAGGGUAGCCAAUGCAUUGAAAAAAUGGCACAACACGGCCAAGAAACAUACUAAACAUGGACAUUCUGGGUCCAACACACCUAGCCGCCCUACCACGCCAACACAUGGCAUGUCACCAGUGCAUCUCCUUCACAACUACCAUAACCGCAGCCUUGACCAGCAAACUAGCUUCACUGCCUCUCCUUCUCCUCCUAGAUUCUCUGAUUACGGCGGCCAAGGCCAUCAGCGUUUCUUCGAUCCUGAAUCCCAGAGUGUCUCUUGCCAACAUGAGAUCACAGAUUCCGAAAACACCAAUAGUCAGCAUCCACAUGCUGACACCACAAGUCCUGUUAGAGAAGAGAGAGAGAUUACUGAGCAUGUCAGGGUUGAUCUGCCGGAGUUUACUUUCAAGAAAUGAUAUGAGUUAUAUACUUUACUUGCUGUUUACUCUUUGUAAAUGAUUUAAAGUUUCGAAUGGCAUCUUCUCUCUCUAAAUGGCCCAAUAUUAACUAAUACUAGUAUCUACAUAAAAGAUAUGCACAUCUUAAGCCCA